UCCUGAUCUUCUAGAAGCGAAAGUAAAAGGCGUUUGCCGCGAGUUUUGUUACCGCGCGAGUCCUGUGUGUGGCUCCGGGUGAGGCUGGGAGCUGCUGCAGUGAUUAUAAGUGGGUCGCGUGUCUGUGCUCUACAGUGUCCUUGCCAAAGGCCUUUGCAGAAUUGCGCUGGGGAUAAGGAAAGCCUGUGAUGAGGAACUAAGGUGGUUUUGAGUGUAGACUCCUCAAGUCCUCUCCACUUCAGAUAGCAAAGGAGCUCGGAUUGUGUCAGAAUUUGUAACUUUAGGGACAGCGCCCACCCUUUACGUCGCUGUGUAUGUGGGGGAUUAAGAAGAAAAUGUAUAUGAAACGCUGAGUUCUGGUUACCCGUUGUGAUUCCACCGCCUUUCCCCCAGCUCGCACGGAGCCAUUGAGUUCAAUUGGAUUUACCUAUAUACCUUUGGGUAUAUGGCCAUCAUUGGAGUGCUUCACCUACUAAGAGCUACUCAGAAAUAAAAGGAGGACAUGUUUGUACCUAGGUGUGAUAGAAAAGAAGGUUUAUUGUAGAUAUGAGGAAGAGAGCAGCCAAACAGCCAGAGGCAUUUGAAAGAGUUCAAGGUGGACAUGACCAGCAGACUGAGCCGGACUCUGUGAGCAUUUGAAACACUUUGGCCUCUCUGAUGAUGGCGUCAAGGAAAGUCUGGAGUAUGGGAAGGAGCUUCCUCUUUGGCUCAAGAGGUUGGAUGAUCCAGUAUUCAGCAGAAGUUUUUCUCAAGUCGGUUUCAUUUCGGCCUUGUAGUGGGAAAUGUGGCAGUGAAGACAGGGAACCUUCGGAGAAUGAGGACCUGCUCAACAACUUGCUCACCAUGGGAGUUGAUAUUGACUUAGCAAGGAGACGGCAGCCUGGAGUUUUCAACAGGGUGGGUACGAACGAGCAGGAGCUGAGGACAUUCCUUCUCUCCAAAGGAGUGAGUGACAGAGUGAUUGGUAGCAUCAUCUCAAGGUACCCACGAGCCAUCACACGCACUCCUGAAGGUCUUUCAAAGCGAUGGGAGCUGUGGAGGAAGAUUAUGGCAUCAGACCUUGAAAUUGUAAAUAUUUUGGAGCGUUCUCCUGAAUCCUUUUUUCGGUCUAAUAACAACCUAAACUUAGAGAAUAAUAUAAAGUUCCUCUGCUCUGUUGGAUUGACCAAUAAAUGUCUCUGCCGACUGUUGACCAGGGCUCCUAGAACCUUCUCCAAUAGCCUGAAUUUGAAUAAACAAAUGGUUGAGUUUUUGCAGGAGACCGGUGUAUCCUUAGGUCACAACGAUCCCACAGAUUUUGUCAGGAAGAUAAUUUCUAAAAAUCCUUCCAUCUUAACUCAGAGCAUGAAACGGGUGAAAGCUAACAUUGAAUUUUUGCAGUCAACUUUCAACUUAAACAUGGAGGAUCUGCUGCUUCUGAUAUGUGGCCCAGGAGCUGGAAUCCUAGAUCUUUCCAACGACUGUACCAAAAGAAACUAUGCAAAUAUCCAAGAGAAGCUGCUCUCUCUCGGAUGCACUGACGAGGAGGUACAGAAGUUUGUCCUAAGCUAUCUCAACAUGGUCUUCCUAUCAGAGAAAAAGUUCAAUGAUAAAAUAGACUGCCUAGUAGAAGAAAACAUCAGCAUUUCACGAAUAAUCGAAAACCCUAGGGUUUUGGAUGCAAGCAUAAAUACUUUAAAAACUCGAAUCAAAGAGUUGGUACAUGCUGGGUAUGAUUUGAGUUCAUCAAACAUUGCUCUCCUGUCCUGGAGUCAGAAAAGAUACAAAGCUAAAUUGAGAAGAUUAAAUGGGUAGGGCCGUGCUGGAGGAGUCUCAAGAAAUCGGUGCAGUCUAGUGUUAUUUCAAAAAGCAAACGUUUUAUUUUUAAAAAUAUUUUAAAAAUGUCUAAGAUUA